AUGAGUGACGAACCAUCUCAAGUGAUUCCAGCGUUCAGAUAUCAUCUCAAUGAUGUCCUAGAGUUCGACAAAUAUGUAUAUUUGAACGACAUAAAUGUUGAACAGAUAGAUGACUUUAUUCACAUGCUGAAGGAGCAAGCAUCAUUGAUGAGGUCAUCCAGUGAAUCUUCAGCAAUGCCGAGGAUUGAGGAGCAGGAAGAGGAUCAGGAGUGGGAGGAGGAGCAGCAGAAGCAACAGCAGCAGGAAGAGGAAGAUAAGGGAGAGGAGGAGCAGCUGCAGCAACAGGAGGAGCAGAAGCAGCUGCAGGAGGAUAAGGGUGAGGAGAAGCAGCAGCUGCUGCAGAUGGACAAGGGAGAGGAGGAACAACAGCAGCAGGAGAGGGAGGGGCAGCAGCAGGAUAUGGGAGUGGAGGAGGAGCAGCAGCAGGAGCAAGGGGAAGGAGAGGAGAUGGAGGAGCAGCAGCAGCAGGAUAAGGGAGAGGAGGAGCAGCAGCAGGAUAUGGGAGUGGAGGAGCAGCAGGAGGAAGGGAAAGAAGGAGAGGGGGAGGAGCAGCAGGAGGAGAAGGGAGAUGAGGAGGAACAGCAGCUGGGUAUGGGAGUGGAUGAGGAGCAGCAGGAGAAAAUGAACGAAGGAGAGGAGGAGCAGCAGCAGCAGGAUAUGGGAGUGGAGGAGGAGCAGCAGGAGGAAGGGAAAGGAGAGGAGCAGCAGCAGCAGCAACAGGAGGAUAAGGGAGAGGAGGAGCAACAGCAGCAGGAUAUGGGAGUGGAGGAGGAGGAAGGGAAAGAAGGAGAGGAGCAGCAGCAACAGGAGGAUAAGGGAGAGGAGGAGGAGCAACAGCAGCAGGAUAUGGGAGUGGAGGAGGAGGAAGGGAAAGAAGGAGAGGAGGAGCAGCAGCAACAGGAGGAUAAGGGAGAGGAGGAGCAACAGCAGCAGGAUAUGGGAGUGGAGGAGGAGGAAGGGGAAGGAGAGGAGGAGGAGGAGCAACAGCAGCAGGAUAUGGGAGUGGAGGAGGAGCAGGAGGAAGGGAAAGGAGAGGAGCAGCAGCAGGAGCAACAGGAGGAUAUGGGACAGCAGCAGCAACAGGAGGAUAAGGGAGAGGAGGAGCAACAGCAGCAGGAUAUUGGAGUGGAGGAGGAGCAGCAGGAGGAAGGGGAAGGAGAGGAGGAGGAGCAGCAGCAGCAGGAUAAGGGAGAGGAGGAGCAGCAGCAGAAGGAGAAGGGGGAGGAGCAGCAGCAGGAGGAGUUAGAUGUGGGGGAGCUGCAACAAUAUGAGGAUAAGGGAGAUGAGAAGGAGCAGCAGCAGCAGCAUCCACAGCAACAGGAGGAUAAGGGAAAGGAGGAGCAGCAGGAAGAGGAGGAGGGGGAGGAGCAGCAUCAACAGGAGGAUAAUGGAGAGGAGAAACAGCAGCAGCAGAAAGAAGAGGAGCAGGACCAGCAGCAGCAGGAGGAGGUUAAGUUAGUGGAGAAGGGGCAGCAGCAACAAUAUGAGGAAAGGGGUGAGGAGGAGGAUAAGGGAGAGGAGGUAGAGAGGGAGCAGCAUCUGCUGCAGGAUGAAGAGCAGCUGAUGGAGCAAGAGGAGGCGGCGGAUGAGAUGGCUGAUGGGGAGGAAGAGAAAGAGGAGGAAGGUGGCAUGAACGGCUCAUCUUCCAAAGAGGAACAAAGUGAAGAGAGAAAGCUGGGAGAGCUACAGAUGAAGGAGGAAGUCAAGCAGGGUCAAACCGAAGUGGUGCUGGAAGUGGAGAAGGAAUUAGAAGGGGAAAGGCCUAAGGGGCAGAAUCACAGUCAAGAUCAGAAGCAAGGUGACGCAGAGUUAAAGGAGGAAAAGAAUCAGCUACUGGGUAAGCAGGAGGAGCAUGAUGGCCAGGUGCUAGAAGAGGUAUCGGAGGAGCAAUUACUGAAGGGAUCCCAGGAGGAGGGACUGGUCAAGAUGGGCGGCCUUGAGGAGACGGAAUAUAAAGAUGAACAGCUUGAAGAUGGGAAAUGGGAGGAAUUCAAUGAAGAAACAGGAAACCAGGAACAGCAGUUGACUCUGUGUGAAGGGGAGGAGGAGCAAGGAAAGCUAAAGAAGGUAGAAGAGGAUGGGAAUAGGGAAGAACACUUGGCCGAGGAACAGUAUACAAGAAGGAAAAAAUGGUGGCAUAAAUUAUUAUGCUGUUUCUGA